GAUGGGUGAGAGGAGGAUCAGACCAAGAAGCUUGUUUUCCUGGGAGGAGUUUGUAGUUUCCCUGCAGCAAAAGAGAAAAGGAGGAAGCCCAAGAGGAAGAGGAGGUUGGUCUCCUGCAAAAGAGGAGGGAUUUCAGUGCAAGAUACUGGUGGAAUCAAGGACUGGCUAGAUCGAAGAUGGAGGAAAGAUCGUGGCCGCCCAGAAGAGCUCCUCCCGUCCACCAGGCUAUAACUGUUGGGGAUGACCUGCAGAGAGUCCUUGUCACCCCGAUUAAACAUGAACCAGAGGAAGGACAACUUCAACAUUGGGAAACGCAGUGGCAAUCAUUCCUGAAGAUGGCGGAGGCCCCACAUUUGCCUGACGAGCCUCCGCCAUGGAAUGAUGCUCAGUCCUUCCUGGCCUCCUUCGAGGAAGUGGCCACAGCUUGUCAGUGGCCUAAGGAUGUGUGGGUGACCCGACUCUUGCCGGCCCUCCAAGGUGAGGCCAAGAAGACCUUUGUCAGGCUGGGGGUGCAAGACAGAGAGGAUUAUGGGAAAGUGAAGGCAGCCAUCUUGCAAGGAGAUGCCCUGCGAAGGGAGAAGAGCCGCCAAUGCUUCCGGCAUUUCUGCUACCAGGAGGCCGAGGGGCCAAGAGGGGCUUAUGGACAUCUCCAGGAGCUUUGCCACCGGUGGCUGAAAGUGGAGAAGCACACAAAGGAGCAGAUCCUGGAAGACCUGAUCCUGGAGCAAUUCUUGACCGUCCUCCCACUGGAGAUCCAGAGCUGGGUGAAGGAACAGGGGCCGGGGAGCUGCACCCAAGCGGUGGCCCUGGCAGAGGAGUUCCUGCUCAGGCAACAGGAGGCCAAGAGCGGGGAGCAGCAGACGUUGACGGAGUUUGUGGAGCCAACUGUGAGUUCUGUUAAGGAAGAACCAUCUCUGUCGGACUUUGGGGAAACGCAGCUGCAAAAGGAGGCUGAGACCGUACAUAACCUGGAGGCCGGUUUACAGGGUAGCAUGCCGGUGAGUGAGAGUGGGGAGAAGAUUCCCAAUCAUCCCAAACUCAGCAAGCAUCGAGAGGAACUCCGGGGAUCUUCUGAGCUGAGAAAAAGUCCAGAGAAAGGUUUAGCUUGUUCCAAAUUUCUGAAGCCAAAUGAAGAACCUCAAAGGAGAACUGCAGAAAGCAUUCUUCAGUUGGAUACAAAAGGCAAAACAUUUUGGGAGCCCCACAGUUCAAAGAGGCAACAAAGGAACCCUCCAAGGAAUGGGACAAGGGCUUCCAUUCCCAGGGUGGAAAACAAGACCAUCAACGAACACUUAUUUGGAAAUGCUCGACUUCCAGGAAACUUUGGGGAAAACAGUGGACAUUUCAGAUGUGAAGCUGUGCACAAUGGGGAGGAAACAUUCCAAGAUACUGUGUGUGGUACAAACAUCGGUCUCCGUCACGACCCACUUACAAAACAUCAGCGAAUACACGUGUUGGAAAAACCACACCAAUGUGGGAAAGCCGGCUGCCAGGCUUUCCGUGGGGGGACCUGUGCCGAAAAGAAACCCUUCCAGUGCUCGGGCUGCGGGAAGUGCUUCAGCCGGAACUCGCUGCUCCUGAAGCACGAGCGGACUCACAAGGGAGGGAAGCCCCACGUGUGCCCCACUUGCGGGAAGAGCUUCGUCUACAGCUGGAACCUGAUGAAGCACAAAAAGAAGCACACAGGCGAAAAGCCCCACCAGUGUUUGGCCUGUGGGAAGACCUUCUUCGAGCGGUCGGACCUUCUCAGGCACGAGAGGACUCACACGGGGGAGAAACCGCACCGCUGUGCUCACUGUUGUCGGCACUUUAGUCAGAAGUGGCUCCUUAUUAAACAUGAACGAAUUCAUACAGCAUAGAGCAGUGGUUCUCGAGCUGUGGAUCCCCAGAUGUUUUGGCCUAUAAGAAAUCCCAGCCAAUUUCCAGCUGUUAGGAUUUGUGGGAGUUGAAGGCCAAAACAUCUGGGGACGCACAGGUUGAGAAACACUGGCAUAGAGUAUUGUCGAAGGCUUUCAUGGCUGGAAUCACUGGGUUGUUGUGAGUUUUCCGGGCUGUAGUGUCAUGCUCCAAAAGCAUUCUCUCCAUACGUUUCAUCUGCAUCUGUGGCAGGUGCAAUGGGUUAAACCCUUGUACUGCCAGGACUGAAGACCAACAGGUAUCAGGUUCAAAUCCAGGGAGAGUGUGGAUGAGCUUCUUCUGUCAGCUCCAGCUCCUAAUUGCGGGGACAUGAGAGAAAGCUCCCACAAGGAUGGUCAAACAUCAGAAACAUCCGGGUGUCCCCUAGGCAAUGUCCUUGCAGACUGCCAAUCCUCCCACACCAGAAGUGACUUGUAGUUUCUCAAGUCACUCCUGACACACACAAAAAGAAGCCUCUGCAGAAGACAGUGUAAAGGCAAACAAAUUUUGGCAAGAAAACAAAAUUAUGGUAAAACAUCAAAACAUCCGGCUGUCCCCUGGGAAUUGGCUGAGCAUGCCAGAAGCCAGGGUUCUGAUUGGCUGCUGCCUCUGGCUAGGUGCUGAGACCAACGGUUCUAACUGCCAUUUCUCACUUUGGACAGUGAAGAGAUAGUGCUGGCCUUACAGAUGGCCAAAUCUCUCAUACCAGAAGCGACUUGCAGUUUCUCAAGUUGCU